AUGGCGUCUGCAAAGUUGUUCUAUUUUGAUGGACGUGGUCGGGCCGAACUCAUCAGAAUGGUUUUGACUGCUUGCGGAGUCAAGUACAGUGAAACUUGCAUGUCAUCCAAAGAGCAGUUCCUGGAAUUAAGACCAAGUCUUCUAUUUGGACAACUUCCAUUGUUGGAGAUUGACAAUGUGAAGAUAGUUCAGACAAAUGCCAUUGUAAGACAUCUUGCUAGAACUCACAAAUUAGAUGGCAAGGAUGAAAAAGAGAAAACCUUGAUUGAUCAAUAUUAUGAAGGUUCGAGGGAUUUUUUGGCAUCGUUUAUGGGAGCCGGUUUCAUGGUGGCACUUGAAAAAGUUGCAGAACAUGCCAAGCCUGCAUUGUUGAACAGUGAUUGCAAUUUUAAAAUAACUUAUUGCAAGGUUUUGAAAGAGAAUGGUUCAAGCGGUUACUUGGUCGGCAGUACAAUGACCCUUGCAGAUCUCAGUUUGCUGGAAGUUGUGUUGAUGGCUGGGGAUUAUUAUGGAGAGGCUGCGUUUGAUAGCUAUCCCGAGUUAAAAAAAUUCAAAGAGACCCAGUCCAAAUUGAACUUCUACAAUGACUACUUUCAUAACAUUAGAAAGCCCAUGAAUUCUCAUGAAUAUGUCACCAAAGUUAAAGAAGUACUUAGCAUGAAGUGA